CUACAUAGAAUUCAAAACUCUCUUCAUUAUUAAUUAUACCUAACCUUCUACACUUCUCCUCUCUGAGAUAGCAAAGACUUUCUUUCAACAGCCAAGAGCACCACUUUUGACCCAAUAUUGGGUUUCUCUUGUUAUCAAGACUAAGUAACCCGUUUCCCACGGAGCGUUUAGCCCUCGGCACCCCUGGCUGUCUUCCCCGGGCCCUCCAGCCAAGCAGUUUAAGCGGUGUGGUCGCAAUCUUGCAGUGGUUCCCAACACCCCCAACCCAAAAACUUUGGCUAAUCUAUCAUAAUAAUUCUCCAUCUCUUCACCACCUCGAUAAACCACCCUUUUCCCUUCCCUUGGUCCUCCAACAGACGACUGCCUCUCCCAACAGUCGUCCCGGGUCGACUUGCACUCGUUUGGAACACCAUAUACCCGGUGCUUGCGUGUUUGGGUGCUGUACUACUGCACCCUCACUCACACCCUCACCACCGCUAUCGCGUCGAAUCCUUCGCAGCUUGAUCGCCGCCCACCGAAUAAACUCCCCUCUGGCCCUGUCAGGCACCGCAAUCCGAUUUGACAACCACCAUCACUUGCCCAGACAAGCGCGAGACGCCUGAGAGCCCGUGACACGCCUCGCCAUCAAAUCAUUCGCUUUCCUCAGCAUGAAUUCCAUUGAGAAUGCGAGCUUCGUCUCGCCCCUCGCCAACGCAGAUCUGAACCUGCAGCAUCAGCAAUCCUUCGGUUUCCUGGAGAGAAUUUGGAGUCAACUUAAUGCCUGGACCAUCUUCUUCACCAUCCUCGCCUUGUGUGCUGCAUACGAUCAGUGUAGUUACCAAUACCAGAAAUAUGGAAUCAUCGGCCCAGCCUGGAAGAUGCCCUUUAUCGGGCCCUUCCUCGAGUCAAUGCGACCUGAUUUUACCAAGUACAAGCAAAAGUGGGAAAGUGGCUCCCUGAGCUGUGUUUCCGUCUUUCACAAGUUUGUCGUCAUUGCUUCAGACCGUGAACUUGCCCGAAAGGUGUUCAACUCUCCAGCCUUUCUCAAACCGACCGUCGUCGACAUUGCCCCCAAGAUCCUCCGUCCUACCAACUGGGUCUUUCUCGAUGGAAAAGCCCAUGUUGACUUUCGAAAGGGUCUUAACGGCCUCUUCACCCGUCAGGCGUUGGAGAUGUAUCUCCCUGGACAAGAGGAGGUCUACAGCAAGUACUUCAAGGAGUUCUUGCAAAUGUCCAAAGACAACGACAACAAACCCACUCCGUGGAUGCCCACCUUCCGAGAGCUCAUGUGCGCCGUGGCCUGCCGAACAUUUGUUGGCCACUACAUGAGUGAGGCCACCGUCAAGAGAAUCGCACAUGAGUUCUACUUGGUCACUGCCUCCCUAGAGCUGGUCAACUUCCCCAUCAUUCUCCCUUUCACCAAAGCCUGGUAUGGAAAGAAGGCUGCCGAUUUCAUCUUGGAAGAGUUCGCCAAAUGUGCCGCCAAAUCAAAGGUCCGCAUGGCCGCGGGCGGUGAGAUCACAUGCAUUACGGAUGCGUGGGUCAAACAAAUUCAGGAUUCUGCCAAGUACCGUGAGAGGAUUGCUCGAGGCGAACAGGUGGAUGCAUCUGAGAAACCUCCUCAGGUGCUCCGCGAGUUCACAGACUUUGAAAUCUCUCAGACCGUCUUGACGUUUCUCUUUGCAUCCCAAGAUGCCACUUCCAGCGCUUGUACUUGGCUAUUCCAGAUUAUGGCCGAUCGACCAGAGUACUUGGACAAGGUUCGCGAGGAAAAUUUGAGACUGCGAGGUGGUGAUCGUAACAAGCCUUUCGAUAUGGAUAUGCUCGAGUCCAUGGUCUGGACUAGGGCUGUUGUCAAGGAAUGCCUCCGAUACCGACCACCAGUCAUUUUCGUUCCCUAUGUCGCCAAGAAGGAUUUCCCAAUCACUCCCGACUACACCUUGAAGAAGGGAUCCAUGGUUAUUCCUGCCGUUUGGCCCGCAACCCACGACCCUGAAGCAUACCCCAACCCUGAUAGCUACGAACCUGAGAGAUGGAUCACAGGCGAUGCGGACAAACAGGUCAAGAAUUGGCUGGUGUUUGGAACUGGACCUCACUACUGUCUGGGACAGACAUAUGCUCAACUCAACCUCAUGGCAAUGAUUGGCAAGGCCAGUAUCUUGAUGGAUUGGGUGCAUGAACCCACCCCCAUCAGUGAAGAGAUUGAAGUUUUUGCAACCAUUUUCCCUCAGGAUCACUCCAAGUUGAACUUUACGGAGCGAGCAUAGAUUUGGGCGUUCAUUGAUUUAUUGAUACCCCAGACUUAGACCAUGCUUCUGGAGAGGAUGAGACUAUUGGAUUUGGUGCCCACGUAGUGAUUAGCGUCAUUGCCUUGCUGGCUAUGACUCAGUCGCCAAGCAGCCUCUGAAAUCCUAGAGUGGGUGUUGGCCGAGUCAGGAACGGCCAGGAAUUCUUCCUCGAGGUGACUUGUUGGGAUUUGUGCUUUGUGUAAUACCCUUGGGUAUCCAACACGGCCAGACCUGACACACGAAGCCGCCAGGUAAAUAUUAAUUUGUACAUAGAAUGGCGUUCUGUACCUUGCAACGGGUGGGGAGCUUGGAUAGCUCAUUAAUGAAAGUCAACACAUCGCACAAAGACUGGAGACUGCAGCAUGGGCGUGGAUGCCUCCGUAAUCAACCCCCCAGCGUACUUUCCCUCUGAAUCU